AUGUCGCAAGCUCUGGUCCCGAGAGACGGGGCGGAUUUCAAAGCCUCUCUGGACACCCUGGCCCUCAACUUUUCCUUGGCACCGGAGAUCCAGGCUCGUCUUCUUGCGGAGGGUCUGAGUCACCUGGAGGAGCUUCGCUUUUUCUUCGACAAUGAGGAACAUGUGGGGCGAUGGGUAGCGAAGCUGGGCCUGGGUGAUAAGACGAUGCUGGAGACCUCUCGCCUCCGGCGGGCCUGGGCGGCGGUAAGACUCUACUUCUCGACGUCUGAGCAAAACCGCUCUAAGGUGGCCCUGAAUUGCGUCCGUUCUCUCUACUUUCAGCUCACGACCGUGCAGCGCAAGCGCAAGUUGGGUGAUAACCUGUAUACUGAGGAAGCCGAGACUGAGGAGGCGAUUGCCAAGGACGCGGAUACCUACCUGGAUAAGCUUUACACGUUGUUGUUGGCUUAUUCGAUGGCGGGAGUGCACCCGCUGCCAGGUACGGAUCCUGCUAAGGAAGUCUCCCUUAGCGCUUCUUCUGUGGAGUUUGUGGGGGUGCCGCUUGAUGUGGCCAUGGCUUAUUAUUUCCGAGCCAAGAAGUGUGUUGCCGCAUUGGCGCCCUCGCGGCGUCUCCAAUGGUUGCAGGCUAAAGAUGUUGAGGAGCGUAGCGAGUGGGUUACCCGCUUUCGUCAGGGUACUUCUUCGUUGGGAGUCGUCAUCAAGCAGGUCAUGGAGGCACGUGACGCACAUUGGGUGGUCACGAGUCCAGCGGCAGCUAGUGGGGCUGGGGAGCAGCAGGCCACCGGAGGGAAAGCGGGUUGCGGCUGUGCUUAA